UUCAGGUAACUUUUAAGCUUCUCAAAUGUUUGUUACUUUUGUGAUCCUGGUGGAAAUCCUGCAAUUACUAGUAUUUGUAUGUAUUUUUACUCCUAAAAUGAGGUGAGGAGCCCUGAGGGUGUUCAUGUUAGGAGGGAGAGAGUAGGGUCCCAGUCCAGUAGCUUACAUUCUGUACUGGGAGAGUCAGACAGAGAAGGGACAGGGAAUUGUGGCUAAGAAAGCAGAGUGGAAAGGGUGCAGUGGGGGCCAGGCAUUGAGUGUGCCUGGGGAGUGACCGUGGCGUGAGGGCUGUAUUUUCUGACCCUCCAACCCCCAGAGACCCCGGUGGUUGGCCUCCUCUCCACCCUACUGUCCUCAACAUGGCAGCCCCAGCCCAGAAAGCAGGCGGCGAGGCAGCUCUUUGAACCAGGCUGGUCCCUUUUCUAAAUGCCUGGGACCCAGAGAGGGGUCGGAACUCCCCCCCACUCCCCCCAGCUCCACAGCUCCCAGCAGCAUGGCCCGCGGGAGCUGUCCGCGGUGCUGAGCCCCGUCUUUGGCUGGGCCCGAUCCGAUCCGCAACGUAGGCUAAGGGCCCAGUGGGUCCUGCGGUGGGCGAGGGCCGAAGGUCUGCGGCCAGCUCCAGGCUCUACAUUUUAAAUCCCUGCCGGGACCCCUACACCACUCCCUUAACCCCAGCCUGGACUCUACGCAGGAUCCAGCUUAAGGACGGGCCCCUCAUCUCUCCCCCACACCCACACUUCUUCCUUCGCUCCCUCCUAGAGAACUGGCUCCGCGCUCCCCUUGUCCGCCCCGCCCUUCUCGGGAGCGGGACUCUCCUAGGGCGCAGCAAGCUCCCGCCCAGGGGUGUCCACCCUUCCUUCCUUUUCUGUUUCCACCCUCCCCUUCGCUCCAGUAGUCUGAGCGCCGAGCCUGAAGGUUUUCGCUCCGCCCCUAUUUCCCAUACAAGGGCGCGCUGGAGUGGGGGCGGGGCAGAAGGGAGGGGCUCGCUCCCAGUCCCCCUCAAAAGCUGCGAGCCCGCUGUCAACUCCUGGAUCGGUUCAGCUUCCGCAGAAAAGCAGAGAAGCGAGAAGCCUGCACGGCAGUCCAGGGCGUUGGACCUCCAGGGGACAGAUUCUCUCCCUCCCUCCCUGGAGCGCUUUCCCGCCCGCCACGCCGCACUCACCAGGUGGCCAUGACCUCGCUGCCGAUGACUCAGGACCCCUUGGUUCCUGACUUCUCUCCUGGACUUCUCCCAGCGGCCUCAGCCCCUGGCAAUCAGAGUGCGGAGGCCUCGGUGGGCAAUGGGUCAGCAGCUGGCGCAGGCGCUCCGGCCACCACGCCGUUCCAGAGUCUGCAGCUGGUGCACCAGCUGAAGGGGCUGAUCGUGCUGCUCUACAGCCUCGUGGUCGUCGUGGGGCUGGCGGGCAACUGCUUGCUGGUGCUGGUGAUCGCGCGGGUGCGCCGGCUGCACAACGUGACCAACUUCCUCAUCGGCAACCUGGCCCUGUCCGACGUGCUCAUGUGCACCGCCUGCGUGCCGCUCACGCUGGCCUACGCCUUCGAGCCGCGCGGCUGGGUGUUCGGCGGCGGCCUGUGCCACCUGGUCUUCUUCCUGCAGCCCGUCACCGUCUACGUGUCCGUGUUCACGCUCACCACCAUCGCGGUGGACCGCUACGUCGUGCUGGUGCACCCGCUUCGCCGGCGCAUCUCGCUGCGCUUCAGCGCCUACGCGGUGCUGGGCAUCUGGGCGCUGUCCGCGGUGCUGGCGGUGCCCGCGGCCUUGCACACCUAUCAUGUCGAGCUCAAGCCGCACCGCGUGCGCCUCUGCGAGGAGUUCUGGGGGUCCCAGGAGCGCCAGCGCCAGCUCUAUGCCUGGGGACUGCUGCUCGUCACCUACCUGCUUCCCCUGCUGGUCAUCCUCCUGUCCUACGUCCGGGUGUCGGUGAAGCUCCGAAACCGCGUGGUGCCGGGCUGCGUGACCCAGAGCCAGGCCGACUGGGACCGCGCGCGGCGCCGCCGCACCUUCUGCCUCCUGGUGGUGGUGGUGGUGGUGUUCGCCAUCUGCUGGCUGCCGCUGCACGUCUUCAACCUGCUGCGGGACCUCGACCCGCGCGCCAUCGACCCCGACGCCUUCGGGUUGGUGCAGCUGCUCUGCCACUGGCUCGCCAUGAGCUCGGUCUGCUACAACCCCUUCAUCUACGCGUGGCUGCACGACAGCUUCCGCGAGGAGCUGCGCAAGCUGCUGCUGGCCUGGCCGCGCAAGAUCGCGCCGCAAGGCCAGAGCAUGACAGUCAGCGUGGUCAUCUGAGGCCACUGCACCCGGCCUGGGCUGGGGAGCUCCACGACCACUGGUCUCCGAGGCUGGGCUGGAGGGCUUGUUCCCAGCUCCAGAGCUAAACCAAGACGGGCCAAACUUCCAGCCCAGUCCCCUUGUCCAGCAGCUUUGCCUUGUCCUUGAGUCUUUGUGAAAUGUUAAGUGGGCUUUGGUGCAAGUGCUUUGCUUGGAGGAGGCCCCAGGAGAGGAAAGGGGAUUUAUUAUUUGUCUCUUUAUGCUUUAAAGGCCAAACAAAGCUCUUGGGUUUUAAAACAGUGUUUCCUAACCGUGGCUGCUUCCCAUGCCUUGCCUCCUGUUUGCUCAAUGGUGAGAUGAGAAGGAACACUGCGGGUAGGAGUUAAAGUGACUGCGUAGGAGUUUGGCAAAGCUCUUCAGUUUGCCUUUUAAAAUGGAUGCAAUUUUUAAGGCUGAGAUAUAAUGCCUGAUAUUGCUUCCCUAAUUUGAACCCAUUUAUUUCUAAAAUUCCGGGGAAAUAGGCAUUCCUAGUCUACAGCUAGGAUGUUAGCAUUUCCUGAAUAAGACCUUGAUGCAUCAUUUUCAUUUGAAAUCCACUUGCAUUUAUAGUACAAAACACUUAAAAAGGACCUUUGAAAAGGUCUUGCUGUUAUGUUCCCCCUCCUCAUCCCCCACUUUUAUUUGAAAAUGAUGAGAUAAAUUAGUUAGUGAAGAGAUAAAUAAAUAGGAAUAAAGAGGAAAAGGUACCAGUCACUUAAGGGGACAGAUAGCCGUGCAGAGGACAGACCUUCUAUCUGUGUGUAUGUUUGUGUAUACACACCCAGUGCCUGCCACUGGUGGGCACUCACAUAUAGCUUUCCUGAACAUGCAGUGGCAGCUGCGUGCCACAGCAUUCUCCUGCACCCUCCAAUCGCUUGGCCGCAGCAGAUCCACAGCUGUCUUCCAGCCACUCAGCACCUGCUCUGCAGUGACACGCUUGGAGCAUGAUCAAUCCAGAUGACAAGGACUGGGAGAAGUUUCCUUAAGGCCCAAUCAGAAAAAUAAGCAGUCACGCACAGGACGCACAGACCAAACACGUAAUUCCUUCCACACACGGUUAAGGGAACAGGUGAAGGCCGUUGGGCCACGAUACCAUGCUGCUAAUUCUCACCUUAACACCCUGAGGACCUUCUGUAAACGAGGACAAGUGCCCCGUGACAAGGGUUUCCACACUGAUGUUUGGACAGUGAGUGGGCAGUGAGGGCAGGAGUGUUAGGAAAUGACACCUGAAAUCCAGCUGUCAGAUCAGCCCUCGUGACAUGCAGGGCCUGAGCUAUGUCUGCAGCCUCUCGGUUACCAACUGUCAGAUUCCAGGGCCGCCACAGCUCACUAAGCAGCUGAAUCCGUGUUUCCCCUCCUCCCCUUCUCUUACUCCUGGAAAGGAGCGCAUUCACUCAUUAAGGUGUUCCCUGAAAGGAAGCAAAAGAGGGGGCGAUUUGGGGAUGACAAGGAUUCGAUGCUAUUACUCCAGUGCCAACAACCAGGAUGGAAGGGUGAGGAUUGGUGGUUGGGCUAGUUCUCAAUCCGAGUCUUUAGUAGGUAUAUGGCUCGAGUGUUUGAAGCAUGGGGAAGGGUAGGAAAAGCCUGGCUUGGGAGAAAGGAAAACACAGGUUAACUCGGGAGAUGCAAGUUACCUUUGGCAAUGACACUAACUCGAGCGGUUGGCUUCACCUGUGGACGUGGAGAACAAAGACCCUGUGCUCUAAUAAUGCAGCCCGCCCACAACGCUGUGUCCCUCGCCCUCCCAAUGGACUUACCUCCCAGGCACCCCAGGGACAGGCUCCUGUGCUUCCAGCAGUUCUGUUACUUUCGAGGCUCAAGGCCACACAUGUCAUGUUUCCUUAGAGCAGCGGUUCUCAACCUGUGGGUCGCAACCCCUUUGGGGGUCGAACGACCCUUUCACAGGGGUCGCCUAAGACCAUUGGAAAA